AUCUCGCUGCAUCUCUUUGCAUCUCUUUGCAUUUCCUCUCGUUCUGCUAUUCUGUUUGUCCUUCAUCCAUUUACUGCGCUUCACUUCCUCAACAUUUCACUACCCAUUGACGAACUCUCCUUUCCCUCCCUCACACACAGAUAUGGCAGACACCCGGUUCAAGCUCAACACCGGCGCCGAGAUCCCAGCUCUAGGUCUGGGCACCUGGCAAUCUCCACCUGGGGAAGUUAAAAAAGCAGUGUCCUAUGCCUUGUCCAUCGGGUACAAACACAUCGAUUGCGCCUAUUGUUACGGCAACGAAGACGAGGUGGGAGAAGCGCUGAAGGAAGCCUUCGCAAGCGGCAUCAAGAGAGAGGAUAUCUUCAUCACCACCAAGUUAUGGUGCACCUACCACUCGCGCGUCGAGCAGAACCUAGAUAUGAGCUUGAAGAGUCUGGGCCUGGAUUACGUGGAUCUCUAUCUCAUGCAUUGGCCCACGGCCAUGAACCCCAACGGAAACCACGAGAAGUUCCCCAAGCUCCCCGAUGGCUCCCGCGAUAUCGUCAGCGACUGGUCCCAUGUCCAGACAUGGAAGGAGAUGGAGAAGCUGCUCGCGACAGGCAAGGUAAAGGCCAUCGGCGUUGCGAACUACAGUCUGCGAUACCUGGAACAGCUGCUUCCGCACGCGACCGUGAUCCCCGCCGUGAACCAGAUCGAGAACCAUCCAUCCUUGCCGCAGCAGGAGAUCGUGGAUUUCUGUAAGGCGAAGGGCAUCCAUAUCACGGCUUACAGCCCGCUCGGUAGUACGGGAAGCCCGAUGUUCACAGCGGAACCGGUGGUGGAGGUUGCUAAGAGACGGAAUAUCACACCUGCCUCCGUCCUCCUGAGUUAUCACAUUGCACGCGGAAGUUCCGUGCUGGCGAAAUCCGUCAAUGCAGGGCGGAUAAAGGCGAAUAUGGACCUGGUGAAGCUGGAUGAUGAAGAUAUGAAGAUCCUGAAUGAUUACUCGCGGGGAUUAGAGAAGUCUGGGAAGCUGGUGAGAUACGUUUACCCUGCGUUUGGGGUUGACUUUGGCUUCCCUGAUAAAUCUUAAGUUUUCCGGUUGUGUUUUGAGACCGUUUUAUGGGCGCGCCUAGAGUGUGGAAAUGGCUGAUGGGCUCUCUGAGGCUGAGUAUCUCAAGUGCCAUGAAUUUCUGGUCAUGCGCGGAUAUAGAGUGCUUUGGGUACCGUUUCGCAUCAAUUAAUGCCUCUAUUUUUAAACCGUUAUGCCAUUAUACAUCAAGAAGUCGUUGUAUUUCUAAUGACAUUUGUCAAACACGUUCAAUAAAUACCUUCAAACUUCCC